GGGGGCAUCGCAUUUCACAUCUGUAGAAAGCAGAUGUUGCGCUUUUGGGAAGCUCGCGCUGCGUUUCCGCGCUGUCAUUGUUUCCGUUUCCACCUCCGAGAAGCCUCACGCCUCCACAUCUCUCUUUUUGUUUUGCCUUGAAUCCGUUACGGUACGUGGUAGUUUGGGCGAUCUGAAGUUUGAGAAAAGUUGAUAUCUUUUUUUUUCCAGCCAUGGGGGACAUCGAGGCUCCCGACUCGAAUCGGCCGCGCCAGAAUGUCCUUCUCUCUGUUCUUCCGAGCAAAGAGUUCGCCUCCUCAAGGAAAGGAAUGCUGCUUAUUGCUGAAGUGGCGCUGUCCUUUAUAUCAUUUGUGUGUUUCGCGGCAUCCACGGCAGCAGCCUUUGUGACAGUUCCCCUGCUGGAGUUCCUGGCGGCGCUCUUCUUGUUGUUCGCUUACUCCACCAAAUUCAAUGAGAGGUUUAAAGGCUUCCUCUGGCCUCUUAUGGAUUUCAUGAGAUGUGUGACCGCCUCCAUUAUCUUCUUCAUCAUCUCAAUAAUUGCAGUGUCCAAAUAUGUGGACGGUUCCUCUAAGGCUGCUGGGAUAUUUGGGUUCAUUGCCACAAUCGUUUUCGCUUUAGAUUUUUACCUAAUUUUUAAUGAGCUGGCCACUUUCCUGAAGCAAGGCGGAGGGGAGUCCAAUGAGGAGCCAUCAAGACAGCAAGAUGAGUUUUCAGACUCUGAUUCAGACUGAGACCACAGACCAGCACCACCAUGAGAUCUUCACCAGCUGACAUGUUUGACCAUAUAAAACAUGUCAAACCUUUGCAGGAGAAAUUUCUACUGCUGAGCUAUCAUCUGCAAAGAUGCACACGUGUUUUAUUAUGUCACAAGGUUACAUGAAUACUAUGUACAGUAGAAAUCACAUCAAGGUUGCAUUAUUGGUUGGUUAAAUACGUGCAUUCAUUGGUAGUUGGGGGACUUUCUCGCUACAGUCUCCUAGAGCCAAAAGGAGGGGGGGAGAACAGACCCUGUUUACGUCUUCUGUUGAGCAUCCAAGGGUUGAAAUGUAUUUCACACAUCAAUCAUGUCAAGACAUUCAGGAAACAAGUCUAAACGGAUGCGUCAAAUAUGUUUAAAUUACAUUACAAGUAGUUUUUAAAAUAAUGCUUUCAUGCUCAAACUCAUAUCUGUGUCUUAGAUGAUUUGGGAAAAAUAUAAAUGCCAACCUGAUACUUACAUAA